AUUUUUUUUGACACAACUAGAAAUGGAGAACAACUAGAAAUGGAGAGAGUAUUUUUUAUAGCACAGGGCCGUGAUAAUUUCCCUUUAUUUUUCGCAGCUAGCAAUAUCGUUUUUAUUCCGAGCUUCCAUCGAUCUGCUUCUUGAUUUCAUCUUUCAGACAGCGAAACUGAUAAGAGAUCGGUCUUAGGGGUAGUUACGUCGCGCAUCAUCCAAUCGAUCUGCUUCCAGCGCAAAAACACUCCCUUCUCCGUUGAAGAUGAAUUUAGUGAAGAGCGCGCUUGAGGAGUUGAAUAUGAGUUGUUAAUUUCUGAAUUUGUUGUAUGAUUGCGUUUUCAAGUACAAUGGGUUUUUUGGCUAAACUUGUCAUAACCGAGUUAUGUCAUAUUUGAGAAAAUUCAGAUUAUUGCAUUCAAAGAAAAGUGAGGAUUUAUCAUAUUAGCUGAUAAGUACCUCUGGAGCUACGAAUUGAGAGCUUUCGUGAGAAUCUUCACAAUAUGGCUUGUAAAGGGUUCUUGGAGUGCUUGCUGAAACUCUUUAACUUCUUAUUGACCCUUGUGGGUCUUGCCAUGCUUGGAUAUGGUAUCUACCUAUUCGUGGAAUACAAACACAAUUCCUCAUCCGGUGAUGAAUAUCCCUAUCCACCCUCAAAUGAUGACAUAGUACAGCUAGGCCGACCUAUGCUCAUGGCAAUCUCACUGGGUAGCAACAUACUUGAUAACCUUCCAAAAGCCUGGUUUAUCUAUUUGUUUAUUGGGAUCGGAGUGGCUCUUUCUGUGAUAUCUUGCUGUGGUUGUAUCGCAGCUGCAACAAGGAAUGGAUGCUGCCUGACUUGUUAUUCCUUAUUGAUCAUCUUGCUGAUCUUGAUAGAACUUGGAGGUGCUGCGUUUAUUUUCUUCGAUAAAAGUUGGAAGAAGGAAAUUCCCAUUGACCGAACGGGCAACUUCGAUACGAUAUAUGGAUUCUUAGAGGAUCACUGGGACAUUGUUAAAUGGGUUGCACUUGGGGCAGUUGUUUUGGAGGCGUUUAUAUUCUUGUUAGCCCUUGUGGUAAGGGCAGCAAAUGCACCAGCAGACUAUGAUAGUGAUGAUGAGUAUGUUGGUCCCAGAAGACAGCUCCAUCAGCCACUUAUCAACAACAUGCCACCAACUCAAACUUCAAGUGUGCCUGCUGCUGGUACCCUUGACUCUCGACCAAGUCGCAGUGAUGCUUGGAGUGCACGCAUGAGAGAAAAGUAUGGGCUUGAUACUACGGAGUUCACAUACAACCCGUCUGAUCCAAACCGCUACCAGCAAACUACCGCACAACCAGUAGCUGAAAAAGGUCGCUGUACCAUAAUGUAAAAAAAUAAAAGUUGUGUUUGCUACAUUCCUACAUUUAUCGUGAUGGAUUUUGAUUGGCUGGGGCAAGUGCUUAUAUAUUUGGAGAUGGCUUUGAUCUUGCGAUGAUAGUUUGCACAAAUCAGAAAUUUCAGGCUCCAUGAUGUGACUGCUGUUUUCCUUUGAAACCUGUAUGGAGAAUUCAAGAUUUUUCUUCUCCUUUAUCAAAAUACAUGUAUUCUGAGGUGCUUGUUUGGCAGUGUUCGAAUAUGUUUGAUGUUCUCUCUUGUUCUGUUUUUUUGUUUCCCAUAUUUUCACAUUUUUUAAGUCUGGAACAAGGAAAUGUGAUUGGUUAUGAUAUUUUUUGCUUUAUAUUAUGAAGAAAUAGAACUUCAGGAAUAAUUAGAAACAUG